GAGAGAACUCCUCCAGCCCCAGGGUAGGGGCAGGACGUAUUAUGGUCACGCCCACUGGCAGGAGGUGUUAGCAGACAGCCCUGAGGACCCAGACCUGUCGACCUGCCCAGCCCAAGCUAGCAGCUGCCAUCCAUGGGGAACAGCCACUGCGUCCCUCAGACCCCCAGGAGGCUAAGGGCCUCCUUUUCCAGAAAGCCCUCGCUUAAGGGAAACAGAGAGGACAGCGCCAGGAAGCUGGCUGGCCUGUUCGGCACCGAGGCUAGGCCUGAUGGGGACACCACGGCUAACAAGAUCUUCCACUACAUCCCCGGGACGGAUAUCCCGGGAAUGGAAAAUCAGCCAGAAAAUCUGGAACAGCCAUUCCUGAGUGUAUUCAAAAAGGGGUGGCGGAGGACACCUGUGAGGAACCUAGGCAAGGUUGUGCAUUAUUCCAAGGUCCAGCUGCGAUUCAAGCACAGCCAGGACAUCAGUGACUGCUACCUAGAGCUAUUCCCCUCCCACCUGUACUUCCAAGCCCAUGGUUCUGAAGGACUUACAUUCCAGGGGCUGCUACCACUGACAGAAUUGAGCAUCUGCACGAUUGAUGGGUCCAGAGAGCAUGCCUUCCAGAUUACAGGCCCACUGCCUGCCCCGCUCCUUGUUCUCUGCCAUAGUGAAGCUGAGCUCAGCCACUGGCUUUAUCACCUGGAGAAGCAAAUGGCUCUCUUGGGGGGUCUGCAACGCUGCCACUCAGCACCCCCUCAGGGUCCUCUGGGGGAUGAACUCCCCUGGACACGACUAUGGAGAGCAUCCGGAUGUGAUUCCAUGGGCAGUGCAAUCUGUGCCUCACGGGUCAAGCUGCAGCAUCUGCCCUCUCAGGAGCAGUGGGACCGGAUUCUGGUACUAUACCCAGCAUCCCUAGCCAUCUUCUCUGAGGAGUCAGAUGGGCUUAGCUUUAAGGGAGAACUUCCACUAAGUGCCAUCCAUAUCAACCUAGAAGAGAAGGAAAAGGAGAUCCGCUCCUUUCUCAUUGAAGGACGCCUCAUCAACACCAUCCGUGUGGUAUGUGCCAGUUAUGAGGAUUACAGUCAAUGGCUGCUGUGCCUCCGGACUGUCUGUCAUAGGGAUGGGGCCCACCUGCUGCCUGGCCCAGAGAAUGUCCCAGGACUACAUGGACCCACACAGGUUGUGGUUAGAGGCCGAGGUUCACUCUCUUCCAAUGGACGAACCAGCUGGAAAUUAGAGUGUCCUGUGCUCCCCACCAGCCAAUCCCUCCCUGAAUCCUCAGUGCCAACCACCAUAGGCUUCUCUGCCCAACCUGUACCUAAACAGACCAACUCUAACUGUGCCAGCACUGGCCGGAAGAAGAUAGAGCUGAGGCAGAGUGGCAGUAGCCAGUCUCCCAGGGGCAAAGCUCGAAGGGAAGUAUCUGGCUCAGCUGUCCCACUGCCCCUGCACCUGGACCUAACCAAGAUGAGUGUACUGGACCUAGACAGUGGCCCAGAGGCUCAGGACCACUCUUUGGAUGUUCCACACUCCCCGCUCUAUGCUGACCCUUACACACCACCAGCUACAUCCCACCGCAAGAUUACAGACCUCCAAGGCCUAGAUGAGCAGUUCCUCUGUGCGAUGCAGACAUCACCUGGACCUGAGCUAUCAAGCCCGUUCCCCUCAGUCUCCGUGUCUGUGCCUGUCUCUGACUCCAGCUCUGGAAUCUCCAGCUCCCCUAGGCCUCUGGGCUCCCACUUGCUCUCCAAGAAAGGUGCCCUGCAGUCCAGAGCUUCCCAGAGACACAGAGGUUCCAUCAAGAACAGGGAGCCACAGCCUUCAGACCUCCCUCAGCCUGUCACCUCUGCCAGAGAAAGUACACCCAGUUCCCUGCCACCUCUCCCAGAUGAGGAGGCUCCUGUCUGGAACAAGACUUCCUCUCCCUCCCACCAGAAGUGGCCACAGCUCAGGAAAACUCCAGUGGAGAUGGGACUCAUCCAGUGGAUCUAAUGAGCCCCAGGUGGGCGGCUGCUUCUCAGAAACACAACCAGCUAGCACCAACCUGGAUAAGACUAUGUAGCCAUACCAGUCCUUUAACCUACAUUAAAUCCACAAGGGCCUAA